AUGGCAGAGGAAAAAAAUGGCAGAGAUAUAAAUGACAGCGAUGACCUGAGGAAAAGGAAUUCGUCUUCAGCCUACGACAGGUCUGCAAUUAUAUUGGCAACUACGAAUACAGCAUUCUUGGACUUCACAGAAAACUGGCUUGAGAGCUUAAAACGAGUCAACAUCACGGAUCAUGUAAACAUAAUUGCUGAAGAUAAGUCAGCAUAUGAAGAGCUUUCCAAAAGAAGCGAUAUCAAAUUAAAAAUCUUCUUGACAAAUGAGACAAAUGUACCUGCAACAUUUUUAAGAUUUGGUACCGAGAAGUACAUUCAAAUGGUUAACAAACGGCCGAUGUAUGUUUUAUCUUACUUAAGAAAGGGUAUCGAUGUCCUCUUCUCAGAUGUAGAUACAGUUUGGCUACAAAACCCAAUGCCGUUUUUUUACGGAGAAUAUGAUAUUCAUAUUGGAAGGGAUGUGUAUGAGAAAGAAAGGAAUGACGUUUGUGCUGGUUUUGUUUACUACUCUGCAACAAAUGCUGCCAUCAAUUUAGUAGUAAAAUGGAUUGAUCUUAUUCAAGCCAAACCGAAAAUUAACGACCAAAUUCUGCUCAAUCAAUUGUUUAAAAAUAAAUAUAUACGCACUGCUCUUAAGGUUAAUUACCUGGAUCAAAGAAAGUUUGUAAAUGGGAAAGACUACUUCAAUCCUGAAUGGAGAAUGAAAAACUCCAACAUUAAACCGGUAGUUGUUCAUAAUAAUUGGAUAAUUGGACAUGAUAUAAAAAUACAAAGAUUUAAAAAUGUAAGCAUGUGGUAUUUACAGUGA